CAGACAAAAAUAGCCCCAGCAGUGUGUGUGUGUGCGCGUGUGUUUGUGUGUGUGUGUGAUCUGUUAGUCUCCGUCCUGAGCUCUAAUAAUAGAGGAGGCCGCCUGCUCCUUUAAGAGCCUACUUGUUGCAUAGCCUACUCCACAAAAUAUAUUGUAACAAAAUGGUCAUCAAAGUAUUUCUCGCCUCCUCAUCGGGAUCCACUGCGAUCAAGAAGAAGCAGCAAGAUGUGGUCGGCUUCCUGGAGGCUCUUAAAGUGGACUACGCUCAGCUGGACAUCGCCUGCAAUGAGGAGAACCGCAUGUGGAUGAGGCAGAAUGUCCCUGCGGAGAAGAAGCCCUCCAACGGCAUCCCCCUGCCCCCUCAGAUCUUCAAUGAAGAGGGCUACUGUGGGGACUAUGAGACAUUCUUCGAUGCCAAGGAGGACAAUUCUGUGUAUGCCUUCCUGGGACUGCCCCCUCCUCCUGGGUCAAAGGAAGCAGGACAGGCCAUUGUGGAGAACGGGACCCACGCUGAGGAAACUAAUGCAGAGGGGAACCUUGAUGACUCAAUAGAGGUUCCAGUGGAGGAGCGAAAUGGGCAUGCACACGUAGAGGAGGAGCAGGCAGCUGAUGAGGAAGGUGAGGGUGGCGAGGAGGAGGAGGAGGAGGAGGAGGAGGAGGUAGCAGCAGAAGAAGAGACUGCAGAUGAUGAAACCACGGAAGGAGAAACGGCAGGAGACGAGGUCGCCGUGGAGGAGGAGGAGGAGGAGGAGGAGGAGGAGGAGGAGGAGGCAUUGGAAGAAACGGACGAGGUCACAGAAGAAACAGAGGAGGAGGAGGAGGAGGAGGAAGAACAGGAGGAAGAGGAUUUGCAGUCAGAGGAGGAAGAAGAGCUACGACAGCUUGAGGAAGAAGAAGAGGCUGAAGGACAAGAGGAGGAAGAGGAAGAGUAGUUAACGCCAGGUGACGUCAGCGACGUUGACCUAUACUAUCAGCCUGAAGGAGCCUCUCGUUACGUCUCUCCCCGACCCUUGACCCCCUACACCCCUCCCAGAGUCCAUACUGGACAACACUGGAAACCAUGUGCUCGAAUGCGCCAUCCAAACUGAAAAGUCCUAACCCACAUUUGCCCCCCCCCCUCUUCCUUUUUGACUGCAAUGUUGACUUAAUUUUUAUAUUUCGCCUAUAGAGACAUACUGUAAUGACAAUGCGCAGAGUAGCCUCGUGGUGUCAGCUUGCUUUUAAUGAGCAGCUUUUGUAAAAUGCAAAACAUCAAACAUAUUUCUCAUGUUUUACUUUCAGAAAUUCUAGUUUUCUAACACAAAGCAGCAGUGACCUUUUCAAAAAGCAUUACCUUGGCAUACCUUGUUUUGGCCUACUUCAGAUUCAAAGGCUGAAACUCUCUCGUGUGUGUGUGUGUGUGUGUGUGCGCUCUGGUCUGUUAUCAGUCGUUCUACCAAUGCUGUUGCUUGGUGACGCCUUCUAUCACGUGAAUGUAUAAAUGCAAACUAAGACUUCUAAUGGACACAUGAGAAAGAAAUAUGCACAUCCUGCAAAUCUGCAAACUACUCCAGCACCACUACAGUUACAUCUGCCAAUACUGCUGUCUAAUCAAUGCACUUUGUUGAAUAUGGAGUGAACCAUGUGACUAAGACCUGGAUGAAAUGGAAAAUGCAAUAAAGUAGACUGUUAAAAGAAAAA